AAAUGUUAACUUGAGGAGAAGAUGAAAUGUCAUCAGAUUCUGACCGGGGCAUGUAACCCCGGGGACAAAACUUUCGGAGUUGGAAGCGUGGAAGGAGUCCGUUUGACCGCCUAUGCUGCUGGCUGCAAUAUUACUAUCCUAGCAAACAACUUCCAGCGUGUUCAAAUUAUACCUGGGAUUUGUCACAACAACGUUCAGAUCUCCUGUGUUGAUGUUUCCAACAACACAGGGAAGAUUGCUGUUGCGUAUGAAAAUAAGGUUUGUGUGUUCGAGCCUACUCCGCUAGUGCAGAGGGACUCCAAGCAUGGAUUGGAUUACUGGUGGGUUAAGACCGGAGAACUAGAUCUAGAAUGUAAAGUCGCAAGUUUAUCCUGGAACCAUGAAGGGACAAGAUUACUCACUGCCGGAGAAAUUCUCCAGAUGUGGAAAUACAACGAGAGAACAAGGUUUGCUCUCGGAGGAGACGAGGACGAGAACGAGAACCGGAGCGGGAACUGGGAUUGUAUCUGGAGUAUCCGUCCUCCUAAUCAGGUGUUUUUCCUUGCCUUCUCCUCGGACGGAACCCUGUUUGCAACUGCUGGAAAGAACGAUCGAUUGGUUCGGAUCUGGUUCCAGAACGUGCAUCUCCUACUCCCGUCCCAGACUAUGGAUUCCGAGGAGCACCGUGAGAAUUACGGAUUCAUUUAUGUUGCGCAUCCUCGUCCCGUGACAGGGUUCUCCUGGAGGGAUACAAGUAAAUAUAUGCCAAGGUGUGGAGUUGCAAAUAUGCUGGUAACUAACUGUGAGGAUAAUAUCUCCCGACUCUGGUGUGAGACAGUUCUUCCGGACGAUGGUUUAGUUAGUCUUACACAAAUAGAUCCAGCAGCUACUCAGGAUCCUCAUUUCCGAGCUCAUCGGCAGAAACAACGGUUUAUAGAACGGUUGAAGCACAUGCGUCAGAAUUUUGCUUCACGUAAGAUGAUGAGAGAUAAUGAGGGAGGAUCUCCAGCUCCGAUACCAUCACUUCCAUCUUCCUAUUCGGUUCAUGAUUUUCAUAAUCUAAGUUUCCAGGGCUCAGGGGUGUCUUCUGGAAUGCAUUUUCAUCUGGCAGCAACUAUCAACGCUCUGACCGAUAUCCCUCUAGUUCCUGCCAUGAACAGUUCUUCAAACUCCGGAGUAGUUCACAAGUUCUCUCUGCACUGGCUAAACAACAAGGAGAUCUAUUUUAGCCUGGAGACGGAGAAGAUUCUCCAGGAGCUGGCCAAGGUAGCCCUAAAGAGGGAGGAUAGUGUGGUAGAGAAGGAACUAUUGCAAGAUCCUAGAGAUGUUAGAUCCUAUAGAGGAGAGAUGAGUCCUGUCAGGAAUAUUGGUUCUAGGGCGGAGGAAGUUUCUCACGGCGGAGGAAUAUCUCAUACUCCGAGUGUAACAAGCUUCUCGACGGAUAUAUCCCAACCCAGCACCACCUCGGCUCAUCAACUAACCCUGUCUGAGGCUAUGGACCAGAGAAUCGAGGUUUUACUGCAGGGUUGGCACCAGAGCUCGGAUCUACUCUUCUCGGUUCAUCCAGUGGAUGGAAGCUUAUUGGUCUGGGUAGCAGAUUUUCUAGAUGAAUAUCAACCCGGAGCAUUUAGACAAGCUCAGGUUAGCUUCAGCUCCAGGAUACCCAACGCUAUACCUAUAGGAGACGCGAGCACCAUGAGCAGUAACGUAGCGAUAUUCAACUCUAAACAUUUAUUGAAUAUAAACCAACUCCUGAAGGAGGAAAUGGAGGCAGCUGAACCGGGCUCUCGGGAGGAUAAUGAAGAGGAACAUCAACCUCACAAGGAUUUAAAAGAGAAAUUGGUUUCAGUAACAAAAAAGUAUGAUGUUUCUCCGAUAGUCUCCAUGAUCUCAAAGCAUGAGAACGGAACCUUGAACCUGUGGGACGUAACCUUUUCUCCGGAUACUAAAUUCUGCCAGCUUCUCAACAUUAGUCAUAAAGCAAGGGUGAACGGACAUAGGUUUAGGGUUAAUGAGAUAACUCCUCAUCCCGUCCUUCCCCUCCUUCUUACAACUUCUCAUCACAACAUGAGCUCUGCUCCGUCAGGUCCCAGAAAAGAAGAAAAUUUCUGUAGUGAGCUGAUACUGUGGAGAGUAGAUCCAAUCAGUCCUAUCUCAAAACCUGGUAGUGGAGGUAUCUCUGAGCUUGCAAGAAUCAAUUCAAGACAAAUCUCUGCGUUCACCAAUGUAGCGUGGAUCCCUACUCUGCUCCCUUCUUCAGUUCUGGGUACUCUAUCCAACUCUCCCAGUGCAUGCUUUGUUUCAUCAGAUGGGAAGAGUCUCAGGGUUUACCAGGCUGUGAUAGAUGCACGCUCUCUGCUGGGAGAAUUAAACACUACGUUCAGAGAUUCAGCAAACAAGUACAGGUCUACAACCAGUAUGGCCAGCACCUCUCCAGCAAAGGACAAGAAGUAUUAUAAGAGCGUUUACUCCAGUAUAGUCUCUGCCCAGUCCUCCGCUAGACCUGGAGUAGUGAUAGAUCUGGACCAAAUAGAGGAUACUCAGCAGAACUGGCAAAAUACAAUCCUUCUCCACACAUUCCAUCAUGAGAUGGUUCAUGGAUCCAUUAGUUCACAGAGCGGGGUCAAGCUUGGUCUUAUCCCGUCUUCAAUGUCGGCUAUGGUUGACCUGAGAGAGAAUCAGACCGGGUUCAGAGAAAUAUUCUAUGUAGUUCUAGCGGAGAAGGUUGAGAAUUCAACCUUGAUGCACAUGUGGAAAUUGAUUCUUGAAAGUCCAGAGAAACCCGAAGAGAACGGAAGUGCAAACACAACACGAUCCCCCUCACCGGAGAUGAAAGAGGAACCCAAGGAUGAAGGAAGAAGAGUUCUGAUUUCCAGCACCAAGGUUUGCACUCAGAAGCUCCCCCUACCGGAGAGUGUAUCGGUGAUCCAGUGUGUACCUGCCGCAGGACAUCUCUCCUCCUCCAGUAUCUAUCCUGCUUGUUUAGCUCCCUAUCUUUUGGUAACAGCCUGCUCGGAUAGCAUCAUCAGAUUCUGGACUGUUGUAGAUACUUCAGACGGCGGAGAAGAAUCGUUCGAGUGGGAAGAAUGGAAGAUGGAGACGGAACAUAUAUCCUCUGCUAUUGAGGUUCCAGGAUACCCUCUCAGUGUCUCCGCUGCCUACACGGGACGGAUUGCUGUUGCCUACAGGUCUGGAGAAAGUUUUACCCGAAAAAAUAAGCACUCCAAUUCUAGUUAUGUAAACUUGUUUGUUUCCAUCUAUGAAUGUGAGAGCUCCGGAGGUAUUGAAUGGAUCCUGGAGGAUAAGAUUGUUUUGAAAAAUAUUGAGGUUCCAAGAGUUGAACCUGCGGUGGAUCAGACAGUUUUCCAACCACAAGAUCGGAGAAAUAAUGCGUUCGCUAAGCUGCACAAGAACCUUUAUGAAGGUUCUAAACUGGAGAGGGAAGAAGGAUGGAAAACUACAACUAAUCAUCACCCCCAGGUUCCUAGUCAAGCAACUCUAUCUAAACUGAAAGAAGGUUUCGGAGACACCUGUGCUUCCUCCCUAGUUCAGAAACAACUAGUUCAGCUGGAUUGGGUUUCCAACGAGGAUGGGAGUCAUCUUUUAACUGUGGCGGUUGCAAAUAAGGUUCUUCUUCUAACCACAGUUUCUGCUGACGUAUCUCACGCCUGUAAACUGAACAGGAAGGAUAUUAAGAAACCCCAGUCUUCAAGACCUCUACUCAGGAAAUCCUCAUCCAUUGGUUUGCAACCAUUGAUAGAUGAACUCAAAUGGAUGAUAUUCCGACGGAUAGAACUCCAAACUGCUGAUGGAUUACCUCCCCUUCCCAUGUCUGUAUCCUGGGCUCGGGACGGAGUUCUCAUGUGUGCAAUGGAUAAUGAGGUUGCUGUGUACAGCCAAUGGCAGGCAGAGGUUUCAAACUCUCAAGAAGAUUCAGCGGAGGAUAAUGAUCAGAGAAGACUGAAAGAGACGGAAUUAAUUUCUAUUUCCCAGGAAACUAAACCCAAGAAUGUUCAUGGUGGGUUGAAAGGCUCAUAUGGAGCGGAUGCAAGAUUUUUCAAUGACUCAGUUGAGAAAGCCAAGAAGUUGAUGGGGGGCGGAGUAGAAGAGUUUAUGUCAGAUAUGGGAUUAUUUGAGGCUAGUCAUCUCUCCUGUCCUGUUCUUCCCCAGUAUCAUCCUAAACAGUUGAUGGAGCUCCUGCAUUCUGGGAAAAUACGUUGGGUUAAAGCAAUCCUGAAUCAUCUAGUCAAAUGUGUUUGCCCAAAGCAACAAAGAAGCAGACACAGCACAAUACAAGAAUCAGAGAAAACCAAAGAUUGGACAAAAUCCAGAAAUUUAUCAAUUAUUGGAGGACAAGGACGGUCUCCGUCUCCGAUCCGGGAUAAUCAAAGAAGUUCAACCUCUGCGAUGCCGGAAGAUCAAUUGAUUGAUCAUGCUGAGGUUUAUGCUAUAUCUCCGCUCCCUCUCUGGAUGCUGCUAGAAGCAGACAAGGAGAAAGGAUCUUCUAAUGUUGAAACCCAGGAAUAUAAUGAACUCUUUUCCGACAGUGUUGUAGAAGGAGACAUGGAUUUCAAUUUAAACCUAGAGGACGAGGAUUCAUUUGUCAGACAACGACGGCUCUCCAUGUCUAAUGAGAAGCAAGGAUUGUCCUUUUUUGGUCCAAGACAGGCUCGGGUUUUAUCUAAACUUCUAACUCACUCCCAGCUGCCUGGACUUACAAGUCUGGAUCAAAUGCACCUGAUGGCGCUUGCGGAUACAGUUGCAUCCUGCAAUGUUGAUAUAGCGGAGAGGUUUGCUAUCGAUGCGGCUAAAUCAGCUAUUUCAAAGGAAACAAACCUGGGAAGCACUGGGAAAGGAGAAAUUUCUCUUGAUUCUUUGGAUGAUUGUGGACUUCGCUUCCUCCUGGCCAUGAAGCAUUAUUGUUAUCUUCAAAGAUGUCUUCCCUUAUCUCAGAGGAGUAGUGUAGCAAAAGCUGGGCUUAACUCCAGUAACAUCAUAUGGGCAUUUCACUCCGAGAGUGAGGAGGAACUGGUGAGUUUAAUCCCUUGUGUUUCCAGGGGUAAUCCGACCUGGAGUGAACUGAGAGAGGUUGGAGUAGCCUGGUGGCUCCGUAGCAAUGUUACUCUGAGAAAACUUGUUGAGAAUCUUGCUAAAGCUUCGUUUCAAAAGAACCAGGAACCCCUGGACGCAGCUUUAUAUUAUCUGGCAAUGAAGAAGAAAUCUCUUGUUUGGGGUCUAUUCCGUUCCAUUAAGGAUGAUAAAAUGACGCAGUUUUUCAAAAAUGAUUUCAAUGAGGAAAGGUGGAGGAAAGCAGCGUUGAAAAAUGCAUUUGCUCUGAUGGGAAAACAAAGAUUUCUGCACGCUGCAGCUUUCUUCCUGCUCAGUGGCAGCUUAAAGGAUGCAAUGGAGAUUAUUGUUUCUAAGCUAGAAGAUAUCCAGCUGGCAAUCCUAGUUGGUCGGUUGUAUGAUGGAGUAACUGAAACCCAUCCUGUCUGUGUUCAGGAUAUUAUCAAGGAUAAGAUUUUAGGUUUUACCGAAGCCGGAGAGUAUUCAAGAAACUUGGCGCAUCCUGAUCCGUUCCUUAGAUCUAUUGGACACUGGAUCUUGAAGGAGUAUGACUCUAGUCUUACCACUCUGAUGGAGAGGAAUGUUGGGAAUGAUCAUCCUAGUUAUGUCUUAGAUGAGAAAUAUCCUCUUCCGAUAAAGACCUCAGAGGCUGAUCCCAUGGUUUUCAAUUUCUACGUUUAUUUACGAACUCAUCCGUUGAUUAUCCGACACAAGCUGAGUAAAAACUCUGAGGAUAAGAAUAAGGCUCUAAUGCUCUCCGGGUUUAAGAAGGGAAGCAUGGAAGGCGGAUCAGUUCUGAUUGAAGAUUCAGUUUCUCCCCUAGAGAGGAAACUAUAUUUCUCCACUGCAAACUUUCAUCUACGAGGUGGGUGUCCUGCUCUUGCUCUAGACGUUCUCUCUAAACUCCCUGCUAGAGUUUCUGUAACAGAAACCAAGAAGGAGGUUGUUCGUGAGCAGAGCAAGGAAAGUCAUCAUGAUAUCAUGCAAUCAGGACGGUUGGAUGAGAAUGCUCUGGAUUGGGGUAAUUUGAGCAGUGUUAGUCCUACCAAAGAAACUGCUCCGACCAAAUCUGAUGAGUUUGGUUUGGAUUGGGGUCCAGCGGAGACUGUUAAACCUGGUCAUGAUGACGAUGAGCUGAAGCUAGAGUGGAGUGAGGAUGAUGAUGAUAAUGACUCCGAGUUUGAGGAGGAUAAGAAAAAACUAUUUAAUCAGGGUAAAUCUGUUUCCUUCCAUACUGAAGAAGCGGCUCCUGCAACAGAAUCUAAACCAGUGAUAGAUAUCAUUGCCCAGCAGAUGAAGUUUACGGCCUGCUUGAAGAUUAUGAUGGAGGAGUUGAGUACCCUGGCUACAGGGUUCGAAUCUGACGGAGGUUUGAUCAGGUAUCAGCUCUAUGUUUGGUUGGAAAAAGAAGUUGAAGCUUUGAAAAAAUUGUGCAAUUAUAACGGUGUAGAACUAGCAAAUGAACCUGAUAAAGCUCUUAAUCUCUCUCUGGAUGAAUCUAAGCAUUCCGCAGAAGCACCCGCUCUGCACCAAGUAAUAAUGAAUGAGAAGAUUGAUUUUGAAACUCGUCUUCUCAGAGUUUCAAGGAGAAAGAAAUGGUUGGCAGCUAACCAAACCUUGCUCAGAACUCUUCACAGCUAUUGCGGUCUUCAUGGAGCUAAUGGCGGGGGUCUAGUUAAUGUACGAAUGGAACUAGUUCUUCUUCUCCAGGAACUGCAGCAGGAACAAACCCAGCAUCAGCUCCUCUCUCCACUUCCUUUCCCAACCACACUUCCACUUCUCUCCGCUUGUAUUGCACAGCAGAAAACUGUUAUUACUGAUCCUGUUCAUUAUCUUCAGUCCUUCUCUCAUGAUAUACUUUACCAGAUCUGUUGUCAUAAACCUCUACCAGCUCCAGACUCCGGUAGGUUUCCUUCCAUUCUUCUCAUUAGAGAUCUAUCUAUCGCUCUCUCAUCUUGUGUUUAUCAGUCCUUGUGCGACUCCGACAACAUAAGUCGAUCCAAGCUGUCUGAGGAGUUAAGGAAAGCUCCAGGAAUGGAUGCUAUUGGUAGAAUCAGCAAUGUUGUUCAAGAUUCCUAUCUUAUGUUCUCCAUUGGAAACCGUAGAUCCUCAGCUAUGGAAGAUGUAAGCCAAGUGUUUACCGAACCUUCAAAAUGGCCGGGAGUAACUUCUCUCCGUGCUCUUCUAGAUAGAGAUAAGGAUGAUGAUACACCCAAUCUGUGUGUACUGCUCUGUGAAACCUAUGUAGCUGUGUACAUGAGCUUACUUCUCUACGCUCUCAGUACAUGUGACUGUCAUGUUCUGUAUAGGUUGAUUAGUCAGGUUCCAACACAGAACGGUUGGACACAAGUCUUCGGAGGCGGGAGUAAGAAGAUUGUGAAGGUAGAAACCUCCGUAAACUCUCCUCUGAUGAAGGAGGGUCAGGAUAUGGCGGAGAAUAUUCUCUCCUCUGGGAUUAACACCGUGACAAAUAUUACCAAGCAAAGGAUAAAGUUAAACAUGAAAUUACUCAAUGUACAGAUCGGAUCCCCUCCACAGGAUUCAGCUCAGGAUACACUCAACAACAGGAAACCUGCGACAAGAGAAGAAUUCUUCCCUCCAGAAUCCUCUCUUGUUGCUAAACUUUUGUCCAAACCCACAUUAGAUGCAAACAUGAGCAGUAUGGAUUAUGAUUCUGCCGAAGAGUCGGACCAAGAAGACGACAUUGAUGAAUUAGAGGAUGAAGAUGAUGAUCCUUUCUCCAAUGUUCCAGUAAAAUCUGAAAACUUGGAGCAUAGCAACCCAAAUAGUUACUCCUGGGCAAUCCUAAGAUUAACAGUUCUUAGUAUAGCGCAGAAGAACAUUGAGAAAUUCCUGUCUAUUGCAGGUAUAGAGUUGUCUGAGCUUCCUAUAACUAGUUCUCUUGUUUACAAAUGCCUGAGAACUACAGAAAAGUGGGCCGAGGUUGUUACUGAGAGGUUAAUGAGAGAUGGUAAACCUCCGGAUAAUUAUAUCCCGGGUUGUUUCCCUGAUGCUCAGGCCUCCGGUCCUCUCAUAAACAAGUAUAAAGCCAUGCUUGAACCCUCUAAUACUCCGUUCUCCAGUAAGGGUCAGGGACUAGGAGCUAUUAAACGACUCUGGAAAUAUCUUGUUCAUCAGGAGAGUGUUCAACCCAUCUUUAUCCGAUACAUAUUUGGGAAAAGCAGGAAAAUGUCGAUUUCUCAAAUGAGGAUGGAGGAUAGAGAGAGCAGGAACGGAGAUGAGAUUAAUCAUGAAGAAUCUGUUGGACAGAUGAAGAUCAUUCACAAGGAUCCAGAUAACCUGACAGCAUUCUGUUUAAACAAGGUGUCCGGAGGCCUAGUCGCAGUUUCAACACCUCGAGAGAUUCUAGAGAUUAACAUGGCUCUUCUCCUCCACCCAUCCUCUUGGUCUGAUAGGUCGGAGGACGAGGCAGAGUUUGAUAUUCUCAAGAUGCAAGAAGCUUCAGGACUUCAUACUUCUAAGGGAAAUAAUUUCAUGGUUCCUCCCGGAGAUCCGUUCCAGUUUAUCUCCGGUUUCAGCGGAGGAGCAGGACACUCAUCAGUUUCUCCUUCAAACUCAUCCUGUCAGGUUUCCCAGGGAGUUCGAACAUCUCCAGUAGUAAAACGCCAUCGUCAGGACGGGGUUCGAAGACUCUGUGCUCAUCCUCACCUUCCUCUCUAUCUUAGUGGAGGACAGGAUGGUUCAGUUCUUCUCUGGGAGUGGUCACAUAACCAACAUGUUACCACAGUUCGUCAAUCCAGCGUAUUCGCUCGAGUGAACAGGAUUGUUUUCUCCGAGCAAGGAAACAAGUUCGGAGUAUCGGACGGGGACGGAAAUGUCUCUCUGUGGCAGGCGAACAAUACUGCUCAGCCCUAUCUAAACCUGGAGAUGUUUACCAAGAACUGCGCAGAUUUAGUCUUCCAGGGCGGCAGUUCCAGUUUACUGGCUAGUGCAGGACACAGUAGUGACGGGAGGAAUGUUGCUCUUUGGGAUACAUUGAUGCCCAGCAAGCGAGCUUGUGUCCAAUCAUUCCAUUGCCAUGAGGCUGGUGCCUCAAGUCUGAUACACGCUACCCAGCACCAGAUUCUGAUAUCAGCUGGAAAGAAGGGUUUAGUCAAUGUCUGGGAUAUCAGACAGGCCAGACUACUUCAUGCAUUCAAGGCUCAUGAUUCUGCGGUGAAAACUAUGUGUCUUGACGCCGGAGAGACAAUGUUUGCUACAGGAUCUGCUGACGGAGAUAUAAAAGUGUUUGAUCUGGUUCAUCACAAGGUUCUGCAUUCAUUCCAUGGAGAGCAUGCCAGGUUUACAUUUAUUUUAUUUUAUUACGCAUGCACGUUGUACAUUACAAUACAUCCGAAUGGCUAA